AUGGCGGACGGGGCGCCCCGGCCCCCGCUCUAUCGCAGCGUCUCGUUCAAACUGCUCGAACGCUGGAGCGGCGGGCCCGGACCGAGGGAGGAGGCCACGGACACUCCCGGGCUGCGGCGCCGCGCCUCGUGCCGGCCGGCCGCGACCGUCCCGGGCCAGCCCUCCCGGCGCGUGUCCAAACUGGCGUCGGGGCCCCCGGCCGCCCCCGCGCAGCCGCGCCCGCUCCGCAGCCUCUCGCCGUCCGUGCGCCAGCUCUCCCGGCGCUUCGACGCGCCGCGCCUGGACGACGACCACUCAGGGGCCCGAGACGGGGGCGUCUCCCCCGGGGCCGCGGAAGAAGCGGCGGAGGGUGCCGCGCGCGGGGCCUGGCCCAGCGUCACCGAGAUGCGCAAGCUCUUCGGAGGCCCUGGCUCCAGGCGGCCCAGUGCUGACUCUGAGGCCUCGGGAACGCCCAGCCCCGACGGUGCCGUGUGGGAGCCUCCGGCCCGGGAGCCCCGGCAGCCACCGACGCCACCUCCUCGGACGUGCUUCCCCCUGGCUGGCCUGCGUUCCGCGCGGCCGCUGCCCGGCCCAGGGACCGAGGGGAGGAGGCAGCGGCAGCAGCAGCAGCAGCAGCAACAGGAGCGGGCGCAGCGUCCGGCGGAUGGUUUACAUUCUUGGCAUAGCUUCUCCCAACCGCAGGCCGGGGCCCGGGCCUCCUGCUCCUGCUCCUCCUCCAUCGCCUCCUCCUAUCCUGUCAGCCGCAGCCGGGCUGCCAGCUCCAGCGAGGAGGAAGAGGAGGUCCCGCCGCCGCCGCCGCCCGGGGCUCAGAGUCCGGCCUACCACGGAGGCCACUCCUCGGGCAGUGAGGAAGACCAAGACGGUGAGGGUGGCCACCGCUGGGAAGGGAGGCCGGGACCCAGGCCUGGAAGCUCCUUCUUGGAUAAGGACUGUAGGCCACACAGUUAUGGGUUAAAUCUUGGCAGCAUGGACUCAGCAGGGGGAGCCAGGAGUCCUGAGCCCUCCAAAUCUCCAAGAGCCCCUAGUGAAGAAGGACCCCGGGAGUGGGGUACUGGCUCGCCUCCCUGUGUACCGGGUCCUCAGGAGGGACUCCGGCCCAUGUCUGACACUGUGGGGGGAGCUUUCCGCGUGGCCAAGGUGAGCUUUCCCGCAUACCUAGCCAGCCCAGCAGGCUCCCAUGGUAGCAGCCGUUAUUCCAGCACGGAGACCCUCAAGGAUGAGGACCCAUGGUCUAGUCGGGGUUCUGGGGGCUGGGGCAUGUAUCGCUCGCCUAGCUUUGGAGCUGGAGAAGGUCUCCUCCUAAGGCCCCAGCCUCGAACCCGCACCAAGGGACCUGUGGGCACCACGAGGGCAUUGCGAGAUGGAGGAUUGGAGUUGGACAAGAGUCGGCAGCGGAAGUCCCUGUCGAAUCCAGAUAUCGCCUCCGAGACCCUGACGCUGCUUAGUUUCCUUCGCUCAGACCUUUCAGAGCUGAGGGUCCGAAAACCCGGUGGGCGCCCCAAUGAUCUUGGGAGCAGCCCCUUGGAUGCCAGAGACUCACCAGCAGCAGGCGGCCCCUGCGGACAACUUGGGCCCAUGCCUGGCCCAUCCACAGCGUCACCUGGCACCCGGCCCACACUCAAAGACUUGACGGCCACUCUGCGGAGGGCAAAGUCUUUUACCUGCUCUGAGAAGCCUGUGGCCCGCCGCCUAUCCCGCACCAGUGCCCUGAAGCCCAGCUCCUCUGAGCUCCUGCUGGCAGGCCCAAGUGCCGAGGAGGACCCACUGCCCCUGGUUGUCCAAGAUCAGUAUGUGCAAGAGGCCCGUCAGGUUUUUGAGAAGAUCCAGCGAAUGGGUGCCCAGCAGGAUGAUGGAAGUGAUAUCCCCCCUGGAAGCCCUGACUGGGCAGGAGACAUGACCCAAGGGCAGCGGUCCCAGGAGGAGCUCUCUGGCCCUGAGUCUAGCCUGACAGAUGAGGGCAUUGGGGCAGACCCUGAGCCUCCUGUUUCAGCUUUUUGCAGCCUGGGUACCACAGGGCUGUGGCGACCCCUUUCUUCAUCCUCAGCCCAGACCAACCACCAUGGCCCUGGGGCUGAAGAUAGUCUGGGAGGGUGGGCCCUAGUGUCCCCUGAUACCCCUCCCACACCAGGUGCCCUCCGCCGGAGACGGAAAAUCCCACCUUCAGGCCCUGGUGGGACUGAACUGAGCAAUGGAGAGGCCGGGGAGGCCUACAGGUCUCUGAGUGACCCAAUUCCACAGCGCCACCGGGCUGCCACCUCUGAGGAGCCCUCUGGGUUCUCCGUGGAUAGCAACCUUUUGGGCUCACUGAGCCCCAAGACAGGACUUCCAGCGACCCCACCUGUGGAUGAGGGCUUGACCAGUGGCCACAGUGACUGGUCUGUGGGCAGUGAAGAGAGCAAGGGUUACCAGGAAGUUAUUCAGAGUAUUGUUCAGGGGCCUGGUGCCUUGGGGUGUGUGGCAGAUGACAGGGUUGCUGGCAAAGCCCCCAAGAAGAAAUCUCUGAGUGACCCCAGCCGCCGUGGGGAGCUGGCUGGGCCUGGAUUUGAGGGCCCUGGAGGGGAGCCCAUCCGAGAAGUUGAACCCAUGCUGCCUCCAUCUAGCAGUGAGCCCAUUCUUGCAGAGCGGCAGGCAGAACCAGAAGAGCCCAGUCCUGCCAGGGGCCGGGCGCAGUCUGAAAGGGCCCUACUCAAGACCCCACCUGCCUCCUCCACUGCCCACCGUGACUUCCACCUUGACCCUAAACUGGCUGAUGUUCUGUCCCCACGGCUCAUCCGACGUGGUUCCAAGAAACGCCCAGCCCGGAGCAGUCAUCAGGAACUACAGAGAGAGGAAGGCAAUGAGGACCAGACUAACAGCCUGUCUCGGGCCCGACUGUCCUCCAAACACGUUCGCCACGCGAGUGUGCCCGCCACCUUCACACCUAUUGUGGUACCUGAGCCACCGACUUCCGUUGGCCCCCCUGUGGCUGUGCCAGAGCCCAUGGGCUUCCCUGCCAGAGCCCACUCCACAUUGCAGGCACCAUCACUCGAGGAUGUCACUAAGCAGUAUAUGCUGACCCUCCACCCUGGUGAGGUUCCUGCCCCAGUACCGGUGGAUAUGCCUUGCUUGACCCCUGUUGUACCGCCCUCUGCUGAGGCCAAGUCCCCUGAGGCAGCCAGGGCUCCAGAUGAGCCUGUCCCAGCCAGCAAGUGCUGCAGCAAGCCACAGGUGGACAUGCGGAAGCACGUGACCAUGACCCUGCUGGACACAGAGCAGUCAUACGUGGAGUCGCUGCGAACCCUGAUGCAGGGCUACAUGCAGCCACUAAAGCAGCCAGAGAACUCCUUGCUGUGUGACCCGUCGCUGGUGGACGAGAUCUUCGACCAGAUCCCUGAGCUCCUGGAGCACCAUGAGCAGUUCCUAGAGCAGGUGCGGCACUGUGUGCAGACCUGGCAUGCCCAGCAGAAGGUGGGAGACCUGCUUGUCCAGUCGUUCUCCAAAGACGUCCUGGUCAACAUCUAUUCUGCCUACAUUGAUAACUUUCUCAAUGCAAAGGAUGCCGUGCGUGUGGCCAAGGAGGCGAGGCCUGCCUUUCUCAAGUUCCUGGAGCAAAGCAUGCGUGAGAACAAGGAGAAGCAGGCAUUAUCUGACCUCAUGAUCAAGCCUGUACAGCGGAUCCCACGCUAUGAGCUUCUGGUGAAGGACCUCCUGAAGCACACACCUGAGGACCACCCAGACCACCCGCUCCUGCUGGAUGCUCAGCGGAACAUCAAACAGGUGGCUGAACGCAUCAACAAGGGUGUGCGGAGUGCCGAGGAGGCAGAGCGACAUGCCCGUGUGCUGCAGGAGAUUGAGGCUCACAUCGAGGGCAUGGAGGAUCUCCAAGCCCCUCUGCGGCGGUUCCUAAGGCAGGAGAUGGUCAUUGAAGUGAAGGCAGUUGGUGGCAAGAAGGACCGGUCCCUCUUCCUGUUCACGGACCUCAUUGUCUGCACCACCUUAAAGCGGAAGUCAGGCUCCCUGCGGCGUAGCUCCAUGAGCCUGUACACGGCAGCCAGCGUCAUUGACACGGCCAGCAAGUACAAGCUGCUGUGGAAGCUGCCACUGGAAGAUGCGGACAUAAUCAAAGCUCUGGGCCAGAUGAGCAAGCUUUCUGAGAACCUUGGUUUCCCCCACCAGAGCCUGGACGAAGCGCUGCGGGACCUUUCAGCUGCCAUGCACCGGGACCUGUCAGAGAAGCAGGCGCUGUGCUACGCGCUUUCCUUCCCCCCUACCAAGCUGGAGCUGUGUACCACGAGGCCUGAGGGCACUGACUCCUUCAUCUUCGAGUUCCCCCACCCUGACGCCCGCCUCGGCUUUGAGCAGGCGUUUGAUGAAGCCAAGAGGAAGCUGGCAUCCAGCAAAAGCUGUCUAGACCCUGAGUUCCUGAAGGCCAUCCCCAUCAUGAAAACCCGCAGUGGCAUGCAGUUCUCGUGUGCAGCUCCGACCCUGAGCAGCUGUCCCGAGCCCAUGCCCGAAGUGUGGGUGUGCAACAGCGAUGGCUACGUGGGCCAGGUAUGCCUGCUGAGCCUGCGUGCUGAGCCCGACGUGGAGGCUUGCAUCGCCGUCUGCUCCGCCCGCAUCCUCUGCAUUGGGGCGGUGCCCGGCCUGCAGCGCCGCAGCCACAGGGACCAGCCUGCCUCACUGAGGAGUCCCCCAGAGACGGCACUGGAGACCCCCGGUCCAGAACUGGACGUUGAGGCUGCGGACGAAGAAGCAGCGACGCUGGCAGAGCCAGGGCCCCAGCCCUGCCUGCACAUCUCCAUUGCAGGUUCGGGGCUGGAGAUGGCACCAGGCCCCGCCGAAGGGGACACUCGCCCAGAAUUGGUGCCCUUUGACAGCGACUCUGAUGAUGAGUCUUCGCCCAGCCCCUCGGGAACCCUGCAGAGCCAAGCCAGCCGGUCCACUAUCUCCUCUAGCUUUGGCAAUGAGGAGACCCCAAGCUCCAAGGAGGCCACGGCAGAGACGACCAGUUCAGAGGAAGAGCAGGAGCCUGGCUUCCUGCCACUGUCUGGCUCCUUUGGACCUGGCGGUCCCUGCAGUACCAGCCCAAUGGAUGGGAGAGCCCUUCGCCGCUCCAGCCGUGGCUCCUUUACCCGGGGCAGCCUUGAGGACCUGCUGAGCGUUGACCCUGAGGCCUACCAGAGCUCUGUGUGGCUGGGCACUGAGGAUGGCUGUGUCCACGUGUACCAGUCCUCCGACAGCAUCCGUGAUCGCAGGAACAGCAUGAAGCUUCAGCAUGCGGCCUCUGUGACCUGCAUCCUGUAUCUGAAUAACCAGGUGUUUGUGUCUCUGGCCAAUGGAGAACUUGUGGUCUACCAAAGAGAAGCAGGCCAUUUCUGGGACCCCCAGAACUUCAAGUCAGUGACCCUGGGUUCUCAGGGGAGCCCCAUCACCAAGAUGGUGUCUGUGGGUGGGCGUCUGUGGUGUGGCUGCCAGAACCGAAUCCUUGUCCUGAGCCCUGACACACUGCAGCUGGAGCACACAUUCUAUGUGGGGCAGGAUUCCAGCCGCAGCGUGGCUUGCAUGGUGGACUCCAGCCUGGGUGUGUGGGUGACAUUGAAGGGUAGUGCCCACGUGUGUCUCUACCAUCCAGACACCUUUGAGCAGCUGGCAGAGGUAGACGUCACACCUCCCGUGCACAGGAUGCUGGCAGGCUCGGACGCCAUCAUCCGGCAGCACAAGGCUGCCUGCCUGAGGAUCACAGCGCUGUUGGUGUGUGAAGAGCUGCUGUGGGUGGGCACCAGUGCCGGCGUCGUGCUCACCAUGCCCACCUCGCCCAGUACCGUUAGCUGCCCGCGAGCACCCCUUAGCCCCGCUGGCCUAGGCCAGGGACACACCGGCCACGUCCGCUUCUUGGCUGCAGUCCAGCUGCCAGACGGCUUCAACCUGCUCUGCUCAACCCCACCACCUCCCCCAGACACGGGCCCUGAGAAGCUUCCAUCCCUGGAGCACCGGGACUCCCCUCGGCACCGAGGACCUGCCUCAGCCAGGCCUAAAAUGCUGGUUAUCAGUGGAGGUGACGGCUAUGAGGACUUCCGACUCAGCAGUGGGGGUGGUGGCAGCAGCGAGACUGUGGGCCGAGAUGAUAGCACAAACCACCUCCUCCUAUGGAGGGUGUGA